CGCAGGCGCAAUGGGCCUCACAGUCCGUACCCUUACGUCAGCGCAGCGCGACUCUGUAGCAGGCGUGUUUUCAGUGGAGAGCAAAAUCGAGCGGAAAAUAGAGACCAUGUAAAACAUACUAUUGAGUGGACAUAAGGUAUUUACAACCGUGUCACUGUGGGGAAGCGAUGAAACAACCCUGAAAGACUCAAAGUUUCCUCCGUUGGAGCUUUGUGGGCGAUCAUGGAGAAGUGCCUGUGGUGUACCAAGGCCCUGGAGGCGGAGGGAGAUGUGGCGAUAGUUGCCAUCUUGCAUCGCUACAGUUCAGGGCAGCUGUCUGCGAAGAUGAUGGACUCUCUGAAUGAGGACCUCAACUGCUGUAUGGAGUGUGUGAUGGAGUAUCAUCGAGCCAGAGACAAGGUCCCUGAACUGCACAAGCGUUUGUGGGAAAAAGAAAAGGCUCGACUCCUGCACAUUUUGGGACUCUAUCUGGACAAGGAACUGGAAGAGGAUGAUCUAUUUAUCAUUGAAGAUGAUCACGAAAAGCCGGUGUCAAUGAUCUCUCCUGCAGAAUUCCAUGACCGUCUCCGCUGCCCUCUGUUUGAAGUUUUGAAGUAUCCGUACCUGCUUUGCUACCGUGAUCUGUGUGAUUUGGUGGUAAAGGCCUUGUGUAAGUUGCAGGAUAUGAAUAGUUCUUUAAUUGUGUUUGAGAAGUAUCAAGGAACAUAUCUGCUUCUGGUUCAUCCCAAUGAACAGGUGCGCCGUUGGGCCAUUGAAGCUGCAAAGACAUCGAAGAGUGUGGACAGGGACAGCUUCUAUGACCUUCAAGAGAUUUUCACUUGCAUGUUUUAUGUCAUUGAGCUUGGAAUAUCUUUGGAUUUUCCAGACUUGGAUCCUGAGGCUUAUGCAGGGGGCACUGUAAAAAUGCUGCCGUCUCACCUCUAUGAUUCGCAAAAUAAGAAGAAUUACUGGCUAGGCAUCUGUAUGUUGCUAACGCAGCUCAGCGCUGAGGCAAUGGACUCUCUGUUCAUGGGAGAGUUUAACAUCCCACUUUGCAUACUCCACACAAUGGAUAGGUUGAAAAAUGAGGAUAACCCAGCUUCUGACCCAUUCUGGCCAGCCCUCCACUGUUUUAUGGUAAUUCUGGACCGACUUGGUUCUAAGAUCUGGGGUCAGGUUGACCCUAGUAUGGCUUUCCAGACCAUCACUGGAGCAGCCAGCUAUGAUGCGGAAAUAAGAAGCAUCCAGCAAAAAACCAUAGGCAGGAUGGUUAAAGAAGAGCCAGAAUAUGAUGACAAUGUGGUGACUUGCAGUCAGAUGGUGUACGACUGUUAUGCCUCAGAAAAAAUGAACCAAGCAUCUGGUUCAACAUCCAACAGUGGUAUUUGCAGUAACUAUGUGAUCUAUGAGGAUAUGCAGUCCUUGGUCAAAGUGCUUGAUUCUGAAAUGGGCCGGAGUAUGCGUGUAUAUGGAAGCACUUUUCUGUGGUUUAUUCCAUUUGUGCGUUCCAUAAUGGAACUUCCAGAGCUCAAUGCUUCAUAUAUUAGUGAAGUCAUUCACUUUCUAUGUGAUAAAAUACUAGCUAAUCGACACGUACUGACCGGACAGACAAGUGCGUGCGAUAAAGUGACAGAAUUCUUCACCCGUAUCCUCAUUCAGAUUGUUGAGCUGCACUCUACAGAAGGACGUAUGGGAAUACUUUCUCGCUGUGCCCCCAAGUGGGUGGAAGUGAUUGUCAUGUGCAUCGUCCUAUCGGAUGAACCACAUGGACCACCAGACAAGAUGGGUGGGAUUCACAGCGUCAGUUCAACCUCGUACAAUCUUGGGAUAGUAGGGAGACUACCUACAUCUGGAGGUGGUAUUGGUGCCAUAAUUCUAGGCUGUAUGACACUGAUUCGACUGCUGCUAAAAGAAGGUAUAAAGACAGGAUCUGUCCCACACGCUACCCAUUUUUUGAAUUUGCUUAACAAGCAGCUGCGUGGAGCUACAAACAAACGAUGGAAUCUAACACAUUCUGAAUCUAUUGAGCUUCAAAAGUGUUUAAAAAGUGUUGUCCGGUCGAUGCAAGAAAGACCUGCUUCUGCAUCCUCUGUUGUUCCAUCCCCAUCUACAUCAACAUUAGAGGCAGCUACAAACACCGUUAUUUCCAGAAAAUCAAUGCCAACCCUGAAACAACAACAUGAGGACCAGGAGGCAGGUCCAAGCAGAGCCUGUGGCUCCUCUUUUAUUAAAGAGGAGCCACUUUGGAAUGAUGAAAAUUGCUUCUUUGAUAAAGAUUUCUGCAGCGGUCUUGAGAACAUCAUGAAGGCUAAAAAGGAACCUCCUGCCCCCAUGUUAAUUUCAGAGCUGAGACCUGCUGUUGAGUCGGCACAAAUUAAACCAGAUCUGGGUAUGCUGCAGGAAAUUCGAUCCAAAUUAAAUAAACAGAAUUUGUCAAAGAUCGAAGCCAUUACCAAAAGAAGGCCGAGUGAGUCCUUAAAACCUGUUCACUUGGCAUCAGCUAAGGAGGAUCUUGGUUUUAGAGCUGUUGAGGUGGAUGAUGAUGAUGAUGAGGAUGAUGAACCCCUCGAUGUCAGACGAGCCCGAUUGAUGAAAUCCUCUAGCUACAAGCUUGAAUCUAGUGACUCUGAAGUUGACUCUAGUGAUGUUGGAAAAACACAUACCAGGUCCACGGGCAACUCUAAGGAAAAUGUAAAGUCCAGUACCAUUGUUAUUUCUGAUGAUGAAGAUUCUGACAAUGAUGAAAGGCCAAAUAGCAUCCUGAGGUCUAUUGACAAGGAAUGUACAAAGAAAAAUAAAUCUCCAGAACAUCCUGUUUUGCCUGAUAGUCCAGGGCGUGAUUAUGAUGAUCUCAGUGAAUCACAAGUGUUUGAGUUUGAGACCCAGCAAUAUGUGGCAUCUGCCUGGGAUCAUUCAGAUUUUGAUGCGUCAGUCUUGAUGAAGAAAUCAGACGAAACACCCAAACCACAGGUGGAAAAAGCUCCUCGUGAAGCGUCUCCAUGUAGUUCAGAUACUGAAAUGAUUCCAGAUGAGGACAUUGAGAGGGCCUGUCAGCAAGCAGAAGAAAAGAUCCGACAACAACAGCAGCUACAAGAGCCAGCAGAUUCGUGUACAUUGUCCAAAGCAUCCAGUACUGCAGAAAGCUGGGAUAAAUUUGUCAAACCAAAACCUCUGCAGGUUAAAAGCACAAAAACAAUUCCAACUGAGAAGAGAGACAUUUUACAGCAUAAAAAGCCAUUGAUAAUUGAUGCCCUUGCUCAAAAAGUCAGGCGCAACCCAUGGAAACGCAGCUCCACAGUUCUGGACAUAGAAGAACCUUCCUCGUCAACUACUCCAUCAUCAUCAUCAUCAUCAUCAUCAUCUGGUAUGCAAUCUUCCUCUCCAUCCUCCAGCUCAGUUUCCUCUCCUUAUUUUUCUGCUUCCACCUCACGUGGCACCCCUGCCAUUGUUCCUCCAAAGAAGGUGCGUAAAGCUGUUGAGCCAGAAUCAACAGCGGAGCGUUUGGGAUUAAAAAAGAAAGAAAGAAAAGCCUUUGAGCUUUCUCAGCGUUCCCUGGAUUGUGUGGCUAAGCUGAGGUGCCAUGGCCAGAAAGUGCAGGUGAAACCACAACAGAAGACAAAACGAGUGUGUCGAACCACUAAGACCUCUCCACAGAAACGUAUAGUAAAAGGCAACAAGAAACUUCUAGGAUCUCAAGAUAUUCAGUUUUUCAGGCAAAGCCGUGAGAAGCAUCAGAGGCCAGCAACAGGAGCGAACACAACAUUAGCUCCCAAACCAGCAAAGACAAAUCAGCCAGGUGAAGUACCCUUAUCAAAAUCUACAGUUGCAAGCAAUGGGGAUGGGGAUAUCUUUACCCGCUUUCAACCAGAUCCUGACCAGCAGCAGGAUAAUGAAAAGACUGCAUCAGAAUCCAGUGAUUCUAGAGAUGAUGGGGUUGGAAGUAACAGGACAAUAAUAGAAUCCAAGUACUUUCAAACCAGUGAGCCUGCUGAUGUCAACAUGGAAGAAGAAAAAGCCACCCACACUUCAAAUGAGGAGGCUGAUGAAGAAUGGAUGUUCCUCACUCAGAUGGAACCCACCGACAUGGAACUGUGCUCUCAAAUGGAGCAGAUUGAGGAUGAAAAUGAAGAACUCUUUCUUACCCAGAGAGAUCCUGUUGACAUGGACCUUGAUACAGAUAGUGAGUCAGAUAUUCCAGGUCAACCAGUGUUGACCCAUAAACCUUUACAGACUCCUCAUGCCCCUCUUUCGAUUACCAUGUGUAAUGAUGAAAAAGUUGCUGAUCAUUUGUUCUUGAAGCCUGGCAUGCCACCAAUGUCUCAGAAAAAGGCCAAACCUUCUACCACAAAAAUAUACAACCCCAGCUCCCGCAGUGCCUCACUAGUCCUUGAAAUGGAAAAAGGAGCUAAGCCUCCUCUUGCUGCUAAAGUUGCAAAAGCGAAGAUUCCCCGACCGCCCCCAGCUAUGCCGCCCCCAGCUGUGCCACCCCCCAAAACAUUAAAGCCUGUGCCUCCUCCACAAUUCCCAAAGCCAUUUCCUUCACAACAAACUCCUCUGCCUCUGGGCCCCAAGUUGGUCACUAGUACUAAAAUAAGCUCUACUUCAGAGCCACCAUCUUACAAGGUAUACCAAAGACCUGAGGCUCCAGUUCAUAAACCAGCACCCACGAUGGAUCAAAGUCCAAAGUUUGACCUUUCUGACUUGACCCAAGCAAUCCUUAAAUGGGAAUAUGGAAUGCUUGACAAUUACAAAUCAUUUGGGAGUCCAAAAGAUCUAUGCCAACUGCCGCUGAAGAAUGUGCCAGUUAAGUUCCCUAGCUACCUGGAGUACUACAACACCUUGUACCCCCUGCUGCUAAUUAAUGCAUUUGAAGAGAUGGCUAGUGAAUGGCUCAAAGAGGGCAGACUCAAGCUUAACCUAAAGGUCCAGGGAAUAGAAUACAGUAAUCGCACAGCUAGCGCCAGCUUCACAGCGAGCAUUUCUCAGGAAAGUGAUAUGAAGCAACAGUAUCCAAAAGAAGAUGACCUUGUGCUGCUUUGGCUGCCAGACAACACUGGGGCAUAUGCCCAUGAUGAACCAUAUUUCCAUGAACCACAUCCUCAUUUCGGUUAUGUGUCCCGGUCCAAUGUUUCCAGAGGUCCAGGUUCCAUGUCAACCCUAAACUUGACAAUUCAGACCCGUGGUAAUGUAUCUUCGGUGAAUGCCCAACCUGUGCUCUGUGAAGUUAUUGGAUCUUUGAUCAGCAUAUUUCGGGAGUUCCGUGCACUGUGUUUACUGCGAAAUGGACCAAUGUUGCGUCCUGUUCUUGCUCCACAUGUGUCUUAUUUCACACACACUCCGCAUAGCCCACCGGAUCUGGAUGUACCAGAGUACAACAGGGACCAGGCAAGAGCAAUAUCCUGUGGUCUUGCCAUGAUGCAGAGAAAGGAGAAGACCCCAAAAUUUCUCCUUAUUCAUGGUCCUCCAGGAACUGGGAAGAGUAAAACCAUUGGUGGCCUGUUGUACAAACUACUGUCUUCGGGUAAUAACAGUGUCGCUUCUGUGGGGAACCUUCACUCCAAGACUCGAAGGACACGCGUUCUUCUCUGUGCACCCUCUAACGCUGCCAUCGACAAUCUGAUGAAGAAAGUCAUUGUGAUCUUCAAAGAAAAAUGCAGAAACAUCAACGCUCCUCAAGGUAACUGCGGUGACAUAAACUUGGUAAGACUGGGAAGUGAAAGGACCAUCUCAAAAUCACUAAAACCUUUCAGCCUCGACCAGCAGACUAAAGCUAGAGCACUGCGAGCCCAGCAAGUUGUAGAAGCUGACGUACAAAGGCGGAAGGAGCAACUGGACCAGAAUAUUGACAAUAUCUCCCAGCGAUGUGCAAAGACACCGAAGGAUUCUACUGAUUUCAAGAGGUUGAUGGAUAGGAAGAGGGAGCUUCUGAAGGAGAGAGAAGGACUGAGUCGGCAGAGUAAAGAGUGUCGCAGUAGGCGUCAAGAGAGUCAAGCAUUUGUGUUGCAGAACGCUCAUGUGAUCUGCUGCACUCUCAGCACCAGUGGAAGUAUUGUCCUCGAGAAUGCAUUCCGUCGACUGGGACAUGAACCAUUUACCUGUGUUAUCAUUGAUGAGGCUAGUCAGGCUAAAGAAACUGAGACGCUGAUUCCCAUGCUUUACCGAAGUCCUUCCAUAAUCCUUGUUGGUGAUCCCAACCAGCUUCCACCAACGGUUGUCUCCCAGAGAGCAAAGGAGUUGGGCUACGACCAAUCUCUUAUGGCAAGAUUAUGCAAAAAUCUUCAUCCAUCAAACCCGCAACUCUCGCCCAUCCUCCUCCUCAGCAUGCAGUACCGCAUGCACCCGGACAUCUGUGAAUUCCCCUCCAAGUACAUCUACAACAGUGCUCUUAAGAAUGACUGGCAGGGGCAGUGCAGGGAGUAUGAUCAGGAGCAGUGGACUAUAACCAAGUCUGAAUUAAGACUCCUAAGGUCAUUGAGAGGACCGUGCAUGUGUGAGACCGCUCAGAAACGCUGUUCCUUCACCUGGCCCUUCAAGCCCUACAAAGUGUUCGAUGUGACGGAUGGGAGAGAGGUGAAGGAGAGAGAUUCAUUUAUGAACCCAAAAGAGGUCCGUUUGGUCUUGCUGCUGUUGAAGCUGCUGGGCGAGAAGCAGUCAGUGCGAGUGGGUGUCAUCACGCCCUACAACGCCCAGAAACAACUCAUACUGGAGGCCAUUAGGGGUUCAGGCAUCAACAAACAACUUCAGGUGGAAAUAGAUACUGUCGAUGGCUUUCAGGGCAGAGAAAUGGACUGCAUCAUUGUGUCUUGUGUAAGAGCUAGCAGUGAAAUGGGUUCCAUUGGGUUUGUUGGAAAUCGGCAGAGGAUGAAUGUAACCAUUACCAGAGCCAGAUUUAGUCUCUUCAUACUGGGACAUCUACGCACACUCAGGGUAACGAACAAAGUGAUUGGGGAGCGUUGA